CCCACCGGGUGUACAUCUCACGUGCGCCACGCGCAGCACAGAGGGGAUUAAAUAAAACAAGAAACAUUUGGGGAGGUGCACGCACCAUGAUCAAGAAGAUGACUCCCUUCAAGAACGAGCUGAACAUCCCGGCCAAGAACUGUUACAGGAUGGUGAUUCUCGGCUCCACCAAAGUUGGCAAGACCGCCAUCAUUUCGCGGUUUCUGAACGAGCGCGUGGAGGAGCAGUACACGCCCACCAUCGAGGACUUCCACAGGAAGUUCUACAGCAUCAGGGGCAACGUUUACCAGCUGGACAUUUUGGACACGUCAGGAAACCACCCCUUCCCCGCCAUGAGGAGGCUCUCCAUCCUCACAGGAGACGUGUUCAUUCUGGUGUUCAGCCUGGACAGCAGAGACUCCUUCCAGGAGGUGCAGCGCCUCAAACGGCAAAUCUACGAGACCAAGUCGUGCUUGAGGAACAAGACCAAGGAGAGCGCCGACGUGCCGCUGGUCAUCUGCGGCAACAAGUGCGACCGCGACUUCCAGCGGGAGGUGAGGGAGGAGGAGAUCGAGCAGCUCGUGCGGGGCUGCGAUGAGCACGGCUGCCGCUGCGCCUACGUGGAGAUCUCGGCCAAGAAGAACACCAACGUGGACCAGAUGUUCCAGACGCUCUUCGCCAUGGCCAAGCUGCCCGACGAGAUGAGCCCCAACCGGCACUGCAGGGUGUCGCUGCAGUCGUGCGAGCUCCUGCACCGGAAGUCGUUCCGGGCGAAGAAGUGCAAGGACGCGUACGGCAUCGUGGCGCCGUUUGCGCGCCGGCCGAGCGUCCACAGUGACUUGAUGUACAUCAAGGAGAAAGCGGUGGGAGGGGGCCAGGCCAAAGAGAAAGGCUGCGUCAUAUGCUGACCCUGAAAACGCGACAAAGCCCGCAGGGACCAAAGUGAACUAACAUGGCACCGGGAUGACGUGCCGUCAAAUCUGCCUCGACUGACUUUGUUUACAUUUGCCAACACAGACAUGAACGUUUCGGAACAAACUUCAGUGCGUAUUUAUUAUGCCUCUCGACUUUUUGU